AUGACCGGUAGCGGCAGAGUUAUUAACCCUAGAGGCUGUGUUACAGGAGGGGCCCUGCUAUACCCAUAUGACAGUGACCAGUCAAGAAGACUGAUGAUGAUGGAAGUGAUCAGUAAGAAAGGUGAAAGACUGGAGCUUGAAGGUAAGAGAGCACUGAAGGUAAGAGAGCGGUUGAAGCAGGCAUCUGAAUAAAUGGGAAACUCAUCAGAAUUAAGCCUGGACUCAAGUAAAGCGUCUCCGAAAACAGAUGUACAUUCAGACAUGGAGGAGGACUGCGACUAUGACUGCCCCAUCUGUCGGGAGGUUUUAAAAAUGCCCAUCCGCACCAAGAACUGCCAGCAUGUUUUCUGCCAGAGCUGUUUUAAGAUGGCGGUGAGGAAUCGGCACCUUCAGUGCCCACUGUGCCGGAGCCCCGUGCUUGAGGGAGUGCGCAGAGCAACAGACAUCCAGAAAAGGAUGAGACAGACGAAGGGCAAAUGCAGAGCUUGUAGAAAAAAGAGAGUUCUCAGCAAGAUGAGGCUCCACUACAGAUUCUGCAAGAAGUACAUCGAGGAAUUUGGUCCUAUCAGUAAAGUUGCCAUGCUGCUUCCUGUCCAAACUCCAAACUUACCAGAAAGCAACGUAGUUAUCCACAACACCCCUGUUCCUACACCAUCCAACAGGUUUGUGAACACUUUCAAACUCCAUCACCAUGUGACUGAUCCCCAGAUCACCAGUGCAGAGUUGAAGCCUGGCUCGGUAUGCUGCCGCUGCAGAGAGCCUGGGCAUUUCCAGGACUAG